AACAGAUAUAUGCUGACAAACUUCCAAAAUGAUUGAAUUAAGAUGAAGUUUGAUCAGCAUAAAUAUCCAGUGGGGACUGCAGGGACAAAUUAUAAUUUUAUUGAAGAUGCAGAAGCAAGAAAACAAUCUAUCAGUCAUCUGGUUGUGUCCACAUGCUCUCUCAUGUGCACCAUGUUAAGAACUUCAAAAAUUCUUUGGUUUAUUCUAUGCUUAUUGUUAAUUAUUCCAUGGUUUCUUCACUACUCUAUAUCCAAAAGCAGCGUGGUUAGCAAUGAAGUUGACACCUCAUCCAGUGGUGAAGAUCACCUAACCAUCUCACUUGCUCAGCUCAGUGGCAUGCACUGUACUUCCCUCAAAGACAGAGUGGAGGAGUUGCUCAGAAUUAAAGCGAGCGUGCUGGUGGAGCUGCGGGAACUGGAGCAGCAGCGAGGUCAGGUGCAGGAUGCCGUGUCACGAGCCAACUCUCGCUUGGCUGCGCUGAGACAAGAGGAAGUCCGCAUGAACACUGAGCUAGACCGGCUCAAGAGCAGUGUUGACCAGGCCUUGAUUGCCCAGAAGGAAUUAUUUGAGAAGAACAUGCCAGACAUCGCAGCUCCUCGCCGCAUAACUGCCACGCAUGAGGACAAUAUCGUCCUGCCGCCUCUCAGUCCGUCCCAAGUUUCUGAGUGCCGCAUGUACAAUUGCUUCGACCACUCACGCUGUUCUCUGCUGUCCGGGUUCCCAGUGUAUGUCUAUGACUCAGAAAAAUACCAAAUCUCGCCAAUGCCUCUAGAAACUUUCGUGAAGACUACCCUGCGCCAGGCCCUUAGCUACAAUCCCCACAUCACCCAGAAACCUGAGGAGGCUUGUGUCUUCGUGGCCAUUGUGGGUGAGAUGGCCACGAAUGGGGCGAGCGUUGACAAGCAGUUACUGGAGAACAACCUGCAUAGCUUGCCCUACUGGAAUGGUGACGGCAGGAACCAUGUCUUGCUUAACUUGCCACGGACACUUUAUGCUAAUGAUGAGCUGCGUGACGUGAACACGGGCCGUGCAAUAAUCGUACAGUCGCACGUACGUCGCGCCGACCACAGGCCAGGCUUUGACGUGAUCUCCUCCCCUCUUCUGGGCCUCCCUGGCGGCGACCUGUGGAGGAACCUCCCAUCCCUCGUCCCUGCCAAGCGACAUUACCUUCUCACCUUCCAGGGAGAACUUCCCGCCCUCCGGCCGUACCUGAGCGCCGCUGGUGCCGCCGCUGCGUCCCACAGACUGGACAAGCGUAGCGCCCCUGAUGCAUUAAGUGUCAACUUUGACAUAAACAACGUCAACAACGACGCCAAUAACAUCAACAAUAAAAAGCUCACGCCGCUGUCUAACUUGACGAGCGGAUUUGUGCUGCGUAGCGGUCUCAAAGACCCGGACCUGGUAGCGGAGGUGGGUGUGGUUGAGGCCUUAAGUCACCUCUACCACACCACCACCAGCGACGCGUUCCUCCUGCAGUUCUCGUGCCAGGGCGCUGGUGGUGCGGGGAGUGAAGACGACUGGCAGCUCUGUGGGGGCGAGGAACAUAGGACUGAGUUGCUGCGAUCGUCGACGUUCAGCCUGGUGCUGACCCCACCGUCGCGGUCGCUGGUGUCGAGCGUGGGCGUGGUGGCGCGCGUGUUCGAGGCGCUCAAGCAGGGCGCCGUGCCCGUCAUACUUGGCGGCGAUGCCAUCGAACUGCCGCUCGCUGAAGUGCUCGACUGGAACGCUAUUGCUGUCAUUCUUCCCAAGAGCCGCGUGUCGGAGCUGCACUUCUUGCUGCGCUCGUUGAGUGACGCGGACGUGCUGCUGCUGCGCCGCCAGGGGCGCGUCAUCUGGGAGCGCUUCCUGGGCUCCUCUCAGGUGCUCAUCGAUGCUCUGCUGGGGGUCAUCAGGACGCGACUCCUCAUCCCGCCCCUGGCCGCCCCUCAUGAACCUUCCCCCAGCGUCUUCGAUGACAAUUUUGAGCCACUGAAGACGGACUCGAUCAUCCCGGAGCCUGACACGGAUGAGAACCUUGGCCCCAUGGAGCCCCCGUUCGCCUCGCUGAAGUACCAGCGCAACUUCUCCGUGUCGAGCAUCGCACGUCAUCACCAGUGGAACGUGUGGGCUGUGCCAGGCCAGCUCCUUCCCAACCUCCCCCACGACCCCAUCCUACCUUCUGAGGCUAAAUUCGCCGGAUCUCAAAUUGGGUUCCGGCCGAUCGGUUCAGGUGCUGGAGGUGCCGGCAAGGAGUUCAGUGACAGCCUGGGCGGCAACUCCCCCAAGGAGCAGUUCACCAUCGUCAUGCUCACCUUCGAGAGAGAACAGGUGCUGGUGAACUCCCUGGCGCGGCUGUACGGCCUGCCUUACCUCAACAAAGUCAUCGUUGUCUGGAACUCUCCCCAACCUCCGCCGCUAGACCUCAGGUGGCCGGACAUCAAAGUUCCCAUCAAGGUGAUACGCGCCGAGCGGAACAGCUUGAACAACAGGUUCCUGCCGUACUCAGAGAUCGAGACCGAGGCCAUUCUCUCCGUCGACGAUGACGCCCAUCUCAGACACGAUGAAAUCGUGUUCGGCUUCAGAGUGUGGAGAGAAGAGCGCGACCGUGUGGUGGGCUUCCCCGGCCGCUUCCACGCCUGGGACCUCGCCCACAACAACUGGCUUUAUAACAGCAACUACUCCUGCGAGCUGUCCAUGGUGCUGACAGGCGCGGCGUUCUUCCACAAGUCCUAUUCGUUUCUGUACUCGCAAGUGAUGCCUCAGGCUAUCAGGGACAAAGUCGACGAGUUCAUGAACUGCGAGGACAUCGCUAUGAACUUCCUUGUGUCUCACAUGACACGUAAACCUCCCGUCAAGGUGACGUCGCGGUGGACGUUCAGAUGCCCAGGGUGUCCCGUGUCCCUCAGUGAGGAUGACUCGCACUUCACUGAGCGCCAUCACUGCAUCAACUUCUUCUCUCAGGUAUACGGCUACAACCCACUGCUCAACACCCAGUAUAGGGUCGAUUCGGUUCUCUUCAAGACAAGACUGCCACACGAUAAACAAAAAUGCUUCAAGUUUAUUUAAAGCAUUUUACCGAGUGUAUUGCUAGAAAAUUUAUGUUUCUUUCGUCAAACAUCUUUUAUUGCCGCGUGUGCUUUGUACAUAACCGCUCUGCUAAUCCCAAGCCGAAGAUUCUCAUUAAUGUUAGCUUGAAUUUGACGUGGUGAGAUAGUCACGUUUCAGCUGACUUGUGUUCUGGUUUCGUAUAUUUAAGCUCUCUACCUCCGAAUAAUUGAGUCUCAUGCUCCUGAGUGAUAGAAGUUUCAUCAUCCAGUAAAUAAUGGUUAUUGUUAUGCCUUCCGUGUUGUUUUGGACGUGUCGAUCGUUUGCAUUGUUCGUCCUUCGCAUACUAACCCAUUGAUAAUAGCUGUACCUAAUAUUGUCCAUUGUGCAAUCCUACUCAAUGUUUUACUCUUUAUUCUAUUUAAUUGAUAUCAAAAUGUAACUGCGUAGCAUUGUCAAUGGGAUCUAAUCGAGGGAUUAUUUUCACGCUCCACUUGUCUUCUCUUUAAAUGUGAUGUAAUGCGCUUCAAGAUAUUUUUUACGCUUCCUCGUCAGCUGAGUGGUGAGUGAAACUGUCGCAAUAUAUUUAUAGAUAAACAGUCGCAAUUUUAUGAGUACCUAUUCUUUUAAGUGCGCCGGUUGUGUUGAUGUGUGGGUUAAUUUUGCUGUUAUUUUUAUGUUAGUCUUACCUUCUCUUCACACCGUUUCAUCAGAAAAUCUCUUGUGCGAUCUUUCUCGCAACCAGAAUCACAAUUUCGACAGAUGUUGUAUGGGGUGAUCUAGGCUCGAAUGUAAGCUUUCUUCAUCAAAGAACAAAAUAUCCAAGCAUUUAAUAAUAUUAUAUUAAUACACUUCUGUUUCGGGGUAUACGGAAUUCUGCAAGUCUUUUCGAACGUCGUAACUGUUGUAAGUUAAAUCUUCUCUUGGGAAUAAUGUCCACAGUAAUUAGUUUCCUUAUAAUUAGGCAUUUCUAAAAAGCUUUAAUCGUUUUAUUUUAGCUAAUAAGUGCUAAUCAGAUACAAAUAAGUUCUUGCUACCUACAGCAAAUGUUUUUAUGCGAGUUUUUAUCCAGAGAAGAAACCGUAACUAAUAAGUCAAAUUCAGUUCACAAAAUAAAUCAAAAUUGAUUAAUGUUAAUCCUAUUUUCACGUGUGAGUUAUUGUUAAGAACUGGAAGUUAUUUACGCUGCUGUUCUACGUCAGCACAUGUAACUCUGCCGCACGGCGGGAGGUCAAGUGCCAUGUAGAUAUUAAGUCUGAUGCAUUCGUGAAGUCGGUGCCGUGAUGUUGCCAUCAGUGUGUUGGUAGAUUUAAUUAUUUGAAUCUAGAAAUCAUUAGAAUACUAAGGACUAAUAAAUUAUUUUGGGAUAUGUGUUGGA